AUGGCGUGGUGGACUAUCGCUGUCACGGAGCCCACGCUCGUGUGUAGCAUGGCGGGGGUGCUCUAUUUGUUCGGGUUAGCGAUAUAUCGGCUAUGGCUAUCACCACUCGCUCAAUUUCCAGGCCCGAAGCUUGCGGCUCUGACGAUGUGGUACGAAUUUUAUUUCGACUCAUUCCUGGGUGGACAAUACACAUUUCAAAUUGCUCACAUGCAUCGCAAGUAUGGCCCAAUUGUUAGAAUCAGCCCAUUCGAACUGCACAUCGAUGACCCGGACUACUAUGAAGUUUUGUACUCCCGCGACAAGCCACGUAACAAAUCUCUGCAUUUGACUGGUAUGUUUGGUGCACCGGCUUCGGCUUUCGGGUCGGUUGAUCACCGUCGCCAUCGCAUGCGCCGUCAACCUAUGAACCCAUUCUUUUCCCAGCAGCGAAUUCGAACGUUGGAGCCAAUGCUUCGAGCUAUGGUCGGAAAGCUGUGCACAGGUCUACGAGCUUGGAAACAAAAAGACAGACCGCUUCAUAUGUAUCAUGCAUUCAAUGCCUACACAACGGACGUGGUGGUGGAGUAUGCUAUGGGCGAAUCAUUUCACUACCUUGAUGAUCCGGACUUUACCCCACAGUGGUCGAAGACCAUUGAAGCCAUUGUGGAGGUAGGUGUGCAGUUCAAACAAUUUCAAUGGGUCAUUGGCCUGUUUGAAUUGCUUCCACGAUGGGUUGUAGUACUCAUCAACCCGGAAAUUGGCCCUGUAAUUGACCAGAAAGUUGAAAGCCUGCGACUUGCAAACCAAAUAAUCGACAGCCAGGCCACAGGAAACAACCGGACAACCGUGAAAUCAGAUUUACCAAAGACCACACUAUUCCAUGCAUUACUGGACAGCAAGUUACCCGCAGAGGAGAAGCGGCCCGGCCGCAUAAGUCAAGAAGUCUUUACUGUCAUAUCUGCAGGUGGAGAAACCACUGCGAAAAAUUUGUCUACGCUCACUUUCCACCUUUUGAACAACCCCGGCAAGCUGCAGCGACUACGAGACGAGUUGAGUCGGUUAGAUCCAGAUGGAACGGCAUCUCUGGUGGAAUAUGAGACGAUGCCCUAUCUGACCUCUGUCAUGCUCGAGGGUCUGAGAAUGACUAAUGCUGUUGCGACAAGGCUUCAGCGUAGCUCACCGGAUGAAGUCAUGAUAUACAAAGAUUGGGUCAUACCCCCUGGCACGCCGGUUGGUAUGACAAGUAUGUUUUUGCAUAACAACGAGGAUAUAUUUCCCAAUGCGCAAAGCUUCAUCCCAGAGCGAUGGAUGGAUACUGAGCAACGAAAAGCUCUAGAAAAGUAUCUUGUCCCAUUCAGCAAGGGCUCAAGACAGUGUGUUGGCAUCCCCCUCGCCCGAGCAGAAAUUCUCUUGGCCGUUGCCACGAUUUUUCGAGAAUUCGAGAUCGAGCUCUACGAGACUACGAUAGAUGACGUGCGAAUAGUACGAGAUAUGUUUAACGGCCACCCGAUGAAGGGAAGCCAAGGCGUCCGUGUGAUGAUCCAGGGGUGGAAUGGGCCUCCUUCGCGAGGUACGAAAUCGUGA